AUUUUACGGCGCGUGCUUGCCUUAAACACUGUAAGCGCUGCUCGCUUGCUGUUCAGCCUAGGCCAUGAACACCCAGCAUGCAGCAGCGAUGCUCGCAGCAUUAUUGGUUGCAAGCACAAGCGCCCUGGACGCCGCAUAUGCCCCCGCGAAGCUGCAGUGGCAAGCAAAAGCCAGAGACACGACCGUGCUCCUCCUCACCGAGACCGAGGGCGCGCGACAAACGGCGCAGGCGAUGUGGCCCGUCGGCGCGGCCAUCGAGGCGCUCCUGAACGACAUUGAUGACGCUCAAGAAAUCAUCUGCUGCCUACCCUUCGCGACGGGCAAGGACUGCGCGACGUUUGGAUUACGACGGUACGAGAAGGGCGAGGCGUGGGCCCUGGGCUCCGCGGCCAACGUCGGGAGUUGCCGGGCGGCGGCCGAGGCGCUCGAUGGGAACCGCGACGGCGGCGCCUUCUCGCUGCGCUGCGCCGAGCUCGCCGUCGACGCGGAAGUUGAUAAAGGCAUCCUGAGCCUCGCCGGCUUCGCGUCCGAGGCGGCAUCUAAACCAGAGAAUGUGGAGGUGGUCGCGAACGCACUGGGCCUCGCCGAGGGGCAGGUCGCGUACGCGGCGGCGACGCCCGGCGACACGUUAGUGGUAGAGGUCGAGGACGAAACCGCGCUCGCCGCCGCGGAGGUCAUUGAUGGUUACCGGUGCGUUCUCGCGACCACUUCUGUUGAAGAGGGCUUCGCGGCGCGUUGUCUCAUUGGAGACGACGCGCUGACGGCGGCGGUGACGACGCUCGGUUUGUAUUGGACGGCACGGUCGGAGCUCGACGUCGGCCCGCCCUUGCGACUGUCGAUCGACGGCCAGGCGCUCUCGCUUACACUAUCGCCGCCGCCGAAGCCCAAGCUCGGCGGGCGGAAGCGGCGCAUGCUUCCCCGGCUGCCGAGCGUCGCCGUAUCGUUUAUUUAG